UAACGCAAGCAAUCAAUUUGAACCUGUCUCUUUCAGCCCUUUACCUUUCUAUGAAUUGGUAAAAGUUUUCACAGAUUUGCUAACCAUACGCUUCGUCCAACAUCAAUCACCAAAACUACUCCAUAUUCACAGAAAAAGAAAAUGGCUGCUGCAGGGUCUAAGUUUAUCCCAAAGGUGGUUCUGAGCUCCUCUGUUGGCCACCGAAGCAUGCCGGUCCUUGGCCUUGGCACUUCUUCCGCUAGCUCCGACGCUACCCUUUUGAAAACUGCAGUAUUGGAGGCUAUAAAGCUUGGUUACCGCCACUUUGAUACAGCUUCUUUAUAUGGGUCUGAACAGGCACUCGGGGAAGCCAUAGCUGAAGCUCUUAAACUAGGCCUUGUUGGUUGCCGGGAUGAACUCUUUAUCACUUCCAAGCUGUGGUCCAAUGAUGCUCAUCCCAACCUUGUUAUCCCUGCUCUACAGAAAUCCCUUCGGACUCUUCAGCUGAAGUACCUGGACCUCUAUCAAGUCCACUUUCCCAUUAGUGCCAAACCAGGAGAAGCCCAACUGCCCAUAAAAGAUGUUUUGCCAAUGGACUACAAAUCUGUUUGGGCAGCCAUGGAGGAAAGCCAGAGACUUGGGCUUACCAAGUCCAUUGGAGUCAGUAAUUUCUCUACCAGGAAGCUUCAAAACUUGCUCUCAUUUGCCACGAUCCCACCUGCUGUGAAUCAAGUGGAGAUGAACCCAAUAUGGCAACAGAAGAAGCUCAUAGAGUUCUGCAAGGCCAACAAUAUCAUAGUCACUGCCUACAGUCCAUUGGGAGCCAAAGGCGCCCCAUGGGGAUCCAAUCAUGUUAUGGAGAACCAAGUUCUGCAGGACAUAGCAACUGCUCACGGCAAAUCCGUUGCUCAGGUUUCUCUUAGAUGGAUAUAUGAGCAAGGAGCAACUUCAGUGCCUAAGAGCUUUAACAAGGAUAGGCUAAAAGAGAAUUUGGAAAUCUUUGAUUGGGAACUAACACAGGAGGAUCUUCACAGGAUCAGUCAACUCCCACAAAAGAAAUUUAUACUUGAUGUUACUGUUAGAAAUGGAACUGAUCCCGACUUUCUUCAAGAGUUGUGGGACAGAGAGCUUUGAUCAACUCCAUGGAGGGCAAAAAUAAACUUUGAUAUAUAUGAUGUUCAUAGCUAUAUCUAGAUCAUUUCAUUUCUUUGAUAUAUAUAUAUAUAUAUAUGUGAUGUUACUAUUUAGCAUUCUGUGCAUAGUUUUAUGAUAUAUAUAUAUAUAUAUAUGUAUAUAUGUGUUCUUUCUUUCUCUUUGUUUCUUGUUUUGCCUUGGAUAAAAAGCAUCGUUGUUAGAGGAAAUUUGUAUCUUGCUCUAUAAAAUGUAACACAUACAAUUUGUAAACGUCCCAAGCUAUGAAGGUUAUUACUCUAUUCUAUUAAA